AUGGAUAAGCAGAAUAAAGUAAGCAGAUAUUCAAGUAUCGGAUUAGAUUUGUCACGGAUGAAAACUGCCGAGAUACAUAAUCCACGACAGAAAUGUGCCGAGUCCAAGUUAUAAAUCUGUGAUAUCGGUGAAAUUCAACGUUCUAAUGCGACCGGUUGAAAUUCUUGCCUCUGUGUGAUAAUUUAAUAUUCAAUAUUUAUUACCUUUGAAUGUUCGAACACUUGUAGAAACUUUUUUUUGUUUAGAUGUACUUACAUUUAUAAACUAUAUGUUUCGCAGAGAUUACAGAAAUGUUUAAAUCCAUUUUACCAGUUUUUGUCGGGUACAUGCUUUCAAUGAAUAUCUCGUAACUUAUCGAUGUCUCUUGUUAGAAUGUUAAUGAAAUUACGAAAGAUUUUAAUAUAACGCACAUUUUAUGUAUAUCGAAAGGUUCUUCUGUAAUAAAUGUUCGAAUACUUUCAUGAGCCACUGCAAGUAGAUCCAGCCAUCAAAAGUCAGACGCUAACAAUUUCUUUCCAAUAAACGGAACGAAAUUUCAUUAUAAUUUCGCUGUAAUUACUAAACUAUUAAUAUUCACGCAUGAUGAAUAUAAAACUUAUGUUCUCAAAAUAUGUAAAUAUGCGUUAAAAAUACAUACAUAUAUAUAUACACACGCGCGAAAUACAUAUAUAGAUUUUAUGAGCAAUUUAUUCAAAAUUACUUAUAAAUUUAUUUACAAAUAUAUAUUGUAUAUAAGAUAACAUUAUUAUUUAAAUUAGUAUAAAGAUGGUGAAAGGAUAUUUAUAAAUAGCAUGUAACAUUGUUUGAACUGAUGUUGAAAUAUAUUCUGCAACUUCGUUUUCACAAGUUUCGCAAUUUCAGUUCACAAAGUCAGUGCACAACGACUAUCAGUCGUUGCAGAAGCUCGAAUGUAAUGAUACAUUUCGUUAUCGUACCGUAGCGAUACUUCAACGGACAAUUACAGUUAACUCGUUAAGAAUUCCGACAGGAAUUCUCUUUCAUUGACGUUUACCACGGCUCGAGCCCUAUUAUAGAUUUGAUCGAUACUUUUCUUUAUUGCAUCACGAAGUGCUGUUUAAUUGCGAGCAAACGUCAUACCGGCAACGUAAUUCAUAACUGGCUCUGAAUUUUUGUGUUUCAGCAAGAGCCGAGGCAAGAACUCGAUGCCAGCAACGGGAGCAGCAAUGGCGGAAGACCGAGAUUCGUGCCUGUGACGGCGCUCGAGGACGUGCAAGCGGUUCGUUGCGCGGAAUUCCACCCCCAUGGAAAAUUGUACGCCGUGGGAUCGAACUCGAAGACGCUGAGAAUAUGCUCUUAUCCAAAGCUUCACGAUGUCAGAGAAGAUCAUCAGACGUAUCAGCCCACCGUUCUCUUCAAGAGAACGAAACAUCACAAGGGUUCGAUAUAUUGCCUGGCGUGGACACCGGAUGGACAGCUAAUGGCGACCGGAAGCAACGACAAGACUGUCAAACUGAUGCGCUUCAAUGCCGAUACAUCAAAUCUCGAAGGACAAGAAGUCGAGCUAACGAUGCACGACGGUACUGUUCGCGACCUGUGCUUCCUCGAGGACACCUCGAACAAGUCGAGUCUGUUGAUCAGCGGAGGUGCCGGCGAUUGCAAGAUCUACGUCACCGAUUGUGCGACCGGCACACCUUUCCAAGCUCUGAGCGGCCACAGUGGCCACGUGCUCACCCUCUACAAUUGGGGUGGUGCAAUGUUCGUCAGUGGAUCACAGGAUAAGACUGUCAGAUUUUGGGAUCUUCGAACGAGAGGUUGCGUGAACAUGGUCACACCAGCCACGGUACCUGGCAGCAGGGUCGGCAGCCCGGUAGCUGCGCUUUGCGUCGAUCCAUCCGGGCGUCUUCUGGUGUCCGGUCACGAGGACAGCAGCUGCGUCCUCUUCGACAUCCGGGGCGGCAGAACCGUGCAAUGCUUCAAGCCCCACGCUGCUGACAUCCGAAGUAUACGCUUCUCACCUUCUGCGUACUACUUGCUCACCGGUGGUUAUGAUAACAAACUCGUUCUGACUGAUCUGCAAGGUGAUUUAACGAUGCCCUUGCCCAGCGUGGUGGUAGCGCAACACCAAGACAAGGUUAUUUCCGGUCGAUGGCAUCCGACGGAAUUCUCGUUCCUCAGUACUUCCGCUGACAAGACAGCGACUCUGUGGGCUUUGCCGCCUGUCUAA